AUGUCAGAUGAUGAAUAUCUCGACGAAUACGACGAUGAAGAUGUUUUCUGGAUUGAGGAACCAGAUCCAACCAUUGCUGAUGAUUUGGCUGAAACCGCUACACACGACGUGUUGUACUUUGAUGAUCCCUCCCUCGACGUAGAGGACGUUUACAGUGAUUGGGACGACUUGUCUGAUGAUUAUUAUGAUGACGACCCAACCGUUGAAAAGAGGCGACGGAUGGUGGAUGUAAUGAAGAACAAGGAAUAUACUGGAGGAUUCCUUGACGAUAUUCAACGACAAGGAUUGCUGGAGCAGAAGACAUUGGUGCACCGGCUACAUCGCGGCGGAGCUGUCGCAGAAUCACCUGCAUUCAAGACGGACAAGGCGUCUUUUCAAGCGGUGGUGUGGAAGAGCUCCGAUGACGAGAAAAACAGGGUCACCUUGUAUGAGCCGGGUGAUGGGGAAAAGGUUGCACUGCUGAAGAACUGGCGGGAGGUGUUUCGAAAUUCUCAUCCUGCCAACGAUCGACUACGUCUGCGCAAACUGGGUCAUCUCAAGGUGGACAAGGAACAUAACCGCUCACGAUUAAUCGGCACCAUAUUGCAAAAAGAAAGUCAAAAGGAAGACAGUUCCGACUGCACCUCUGGCGCCUCGCUGGAUAAUCUUCGCGAAACUGAUGCUGCCUCCGACAAUAGCCUGGCAUCCACUCCUCCGGAGUCUGGGUCAUCCAUUCCCAUACACAGGAUCAGAGAGAUGGAAUCAAUCACCAGUGUGCCCGUCGUUCCCGAGUUGAACGACUUUGCGCGCUCUCUUGAAGACUCGGAAAUGGACGAUAUAACCACGAAACGAGGUGAAGCCGAACCGACCAAUGUUGAGGGCAACGGCUCAUCGCUCUCCUCCGGGGAGCAUCGAAAACGGAAGGCGUCAGACCUUGCCGAGGAGCAUCAGGAUACCAGCAUCGAUGCUCCCAAGAGGUUAAGGUCAGAAAGAAAUGUAUUGAAUACAGCUGACAAAAAAGGAAUCGCCGCGACUGCAUCGUCGGGCCCGGUCAGAAGGUCAACCAGGCAGAAGACGAAUCAGAAAUAA